AUGGCAAUCUGUGCUAGUUCGGCUGAGACCACCUCGACCAUCUCCACCACUCACAACACGGAGCAGCGGAUCCCACAGAGCAUCGACCAUAUUCACAACAACUAUGGAAGGUAUCUGAAGGCAGACAUCAUGGCCCAAGAUGCCUUCUAUGCUCUGCAGGAGCUCUUUGAAUUUUCCGCCGCAUCGAUUGACCAGCUUAUGACGCUUUUCAAGAAUACCAUCCAAAGCGUGCUGAAGCAACGAAACACGGAGACGGCAUCCGAGCUCCUCUUGUUAAAGGCGCACGUAGACGAGUACAGGGACUACGUCAACGAGAUGCUAGAGAUUGUCCGUGCCCGUGGCUGCCGGAGAUGGCCCCGUGUAACGGAGAAGAGCCUGCGAGCAAAGGCAGACAUCGCGGCAGAGCAGCUAGAGGACCGAUACCAGCGCCUUGCCCGACAAUGUAGCCGCCUUUCAGAUCACUGCGACAACAGUAUAUCGAUUGCUAUGAGCCUCACCGCCCAGAGACAGAGCGACGAAGCCAUAAACCAGGGGAAUAGGUUCGGAAAGCUGAGCGUCCUUGCAUACUUCUACAUACCUGUCACACUUGCUGCGUCGUUCUAUGGUGUGGACGAGCUUCAUAACUCGUCGUACUCGAAGAUUCAACCUUGGAAGCUUCCGACCGGAGGUAUUCCGCCGCGCAACAUGAGAACCAUGGAGGAAGAUAGCACGCAUGGCAUUCCAAAGGGGAACAACCUGAUCAUGGGAAAUGAGCCCGUCGGGUUGAAGUCGACCGAGGUCUAG